CGGCAACGCCGGAUCGUUAACCCACUGAGCAAGGGCAGGGACCGAACCCGCAACCUCAUGGUUCCUAGUCGGAUUCGUUAACCACUGCGCCACGACGGGAACUCCCCUGUUAUCUUUCUAAUGUAACAUGUAAGUAUGGGGGCAGACUCCUCCCCUCAAUGUGCAGUUUGCUUUAAGUUUGGUCCUCUGGGGACAUUUUCUCGUUGUUUCUGGUGUCCUUGUGUCUGUGAGGCGUGCUCUGAAGGUAUACUUCACAGGCUCCUGAGACCCUGAAGACUCCGAGCAGUAGGGAGGCAGUCCGUAGCCAAGCUCCAUUUGGUCCCUAGAUUUCAUAUGGGCUCUGCAGGGAAGCAGCAGUACCACUUUGCUGGCGUGCUCAAUGAAGUCCAUGGAAAAGUAGAUUUCUAGGCAUCCUAAAAGUCUUCGAGGCUUGGGACAGCUCAGCGCAGCUCCGACUUUAGGAAACCACCUUUCAUUAGGUGGUUUCACCGAUGGUAUCUGGGCUGAAAGGCCUUUCUUUCUGUCUCUGCUCUCAGGUUAUUUGUGGGAUGCAUGUCUGCUUGCUGAAUUGGACCAGCAGCCUUGGGGAGGACGAGAGGCUCCUACUGCUGAGCAACGAGGCUGGUGGAGAUCUGCAGCCUCUUCAGUCCCCUCAGAAAAGUCAGGGGACACUUACCUAGAUAACUGUUUGCUGGAGUUGUCUCUUAACGGGAUUUUUACACCGAAGAGAAGUUUUCUUUUCGCUUAACUUACAGCAUAUCUUCAGUAGCAUCUCCCUUAGACGAGUCGAAGUGGCCGUGGCCCCAGUUAGGUGUGUGCAUGUCCUUAAGGAACUGCGAUGUGUGUCGGUUACGCUUGUGACCUCAGAUUCCAGAGUAUCAAGGCAACGGUCUGGUGAUGUUUCACUUGGGACCAAACCUCAGUUUGGGAUCCGCUUAUCGUCAGAGGGGAGAGAAAAUCCCAAGUGACAAAGAAACCCCUGUUACCUAUGAGUUGGUUUGGAAAUUGCUUCUCUAGGUUUCCGGAGGACGUUUCCUUUCUCAGCACAGGCUCUCCUCUGUUGCUUUCGCUCAUGUCCCCUGAAGACGAACAUUUGGUUUCCAACUUGAGGAGCCAUGCCUCAGCCCAGGCUGUGGUGAAGCAGCCUGUCCGGGGAGCCAGUGGCAGGACCACAAUCACAGCAGUUGUCCAGACUGGCGGAGACUGGAGCACCGGCCUCUUCAGUGUCUGCAGAGAUAGGAGAAUUUGUUUCUGUGGUCUCUUUUGUCCCCUGUGCCUUGAGUGUGACAUCGCCAGGCAUUAUGGAGAGUGUUUUUGUUGGCCAUUGUUACCUGGGUCCACCUUUGCACUGAGAACUGGGACCAGAGAGAGACAUAAAAUACGGGGCACGCUGUGCGAGGACUGGCUGGCCGUGCACUGCUGUUGGCCUUUCUCCAUCUGCCAGGUGGCCAGGGAACUCAAGCUGAGGACCUCCCAAACCUACGAAAUCUACGCGGCCCGUUCGACCAAGGAAACCUUGAUUUGACAAAGCCAGAAAGCCCUCCUCUUCACCCCGCUGCCCCUUCCUCUCAAGUCUCUCUUCAUAGAGAGAUUGUUUCUCAGUUUUCACUGAAAUAGCUAUGAAAAUAAAUGAUUUUCCACUACUGCAUAUACUGGUGUCCCUUUUUCACACGCACUCUCAAUGAAGACUGUUAUUUGUCUGAAUUGCUAUCCCAGCCCAACUGUAUGAGGCGGUUUCUAGAAGUGAUUUUUGUGCCCUCCCCGCCCCUGCCCAGUUUUGGAAGGUUGCAUUUCCCAACAUCUUCCCCUUCACAAGGGAUGGCUGGGAAAGUGAAAGAACUCUCAUGUGACUUCUUCGGCUACGCCACUUUUCCCAACAUACCAGUGAUGGGGCAGAAGGUUAAUUUCCGUUAGCGCUUGAGCUGGACACUAAGCGUCCCUGCAGUGCAGGGGCACUGUCCUUCCCUCGUCCUGACGGCAUAGAGAAAGCCUCAGCGUGUUGCUGAUCUCGCACAGCUCUCCAGCCCUGGUACCUCCUCAGCCCGACUCGGAGCCUUGGGCGGGCAGCUGUUACAGGCCGAAACGUGCCCCCCCACUUCCCAACAAAGUCAUGUUCAAGUCCGAACUCCUGGUGUCUGCAAAGGAGACCCUAUUUGGAAAUAGGGUCUUGCAGAUGUAAUGAAGAUGAAGUCGUUAGAGUCAUAUGGGGCCCUAAUCCAACAUGACUGCUGUCCUUACAAGGAGAGAAGAGACACAGAGGGUGGACACCACGUGAGGAUGGAGCUUGUGCUGCUGCAAACCAAGGAACGCCUGGGGCUCCCAGAAGCUGGAAGAGGCAGGAAGAGCCUCUCCCAGAGGUUUUGGACCUGCCAGCAUCUUGAUUUUGGACCCAGCCUCCAGCACUGUGAGAGAAUACAUUUCUCUUGUUUGAAGCCAGCCAGUUUGUGGAAUCUUUCUACAGCAGCCCCAGGAAGCUAAUUCCCCAGGAUCUACCAUGGGAAUAAAAUACACUUGUUUCUGUUGGGGUCUGAAGCUGAACUGCCUCCUUCACCUACUAAUUGUAUAACUGCAGGCAAAUCUGCUCAUCUCUCAGCCCCUCGGUUUCCUCCUCUGUAAAACGACAAUGCUGCCUUUAUGGGGUUGUGGGGGUCCUAACAAGUCACAACGCUUAGCACGCUGCCUGCAAGGAUCACGGACGCGGUAUUGUUACUGCUCACUGUUGCCUUAUAUUCAUACAAAUUAUAUAAUCUUCUAUUUACUGUUGGGACAUAGAGUUUUCAACAAAGUUUAAGAUUAAAAUUGAGUUAAAUAAGAGCAUCAGGUAAAUAAUAAUAUAAAUGGUUGAUGGAUAUGGCAAAGCCUUGGGAAGGUGGUAAAACGGGAAUUGUGUUGGGUGCUUGCAUGUGCCGCACACUGUUCAAAGCACUUCACAUGUUUAAAGACAUUUAAUCCUUAUGAUCCCUCAGGAAAGUGCUAUUACAGCCCCAUUUUCCAGAAAAGAACCUGAGCCACAGAGGCUCACACAGCUGGUAAGCGACAGGCAGUCCGUCUCUUGAGGCUGUGCUCUGAACCUCUGUACUCAGCAGGCAGAGAAAGUUUCUGGCCAGGAGGCUUUCUUGGGCCCUGGUGGUUGUACAAGCCAGAGUUUGUUGUAGGGAGAGGAAGUCAGCCUGGCGAGUGCUGAAAGGACUGCCCCCCACCAGCCCCACGAAAGCAAAGCAAUUCUUGUCUGACAAGUGACUCCUCUCCUCCCAGCCCUCCCUUUUGGAUGUCCUGAGCAGCUGCCAGCAGCCAAAGCCCUUUGGGAACAGGAAAAUGCUCAGUGUUCGCAUGUAAUACCUGAUCAAGUACUGCCCUCUCCAAGCCAGCUACUGAAAAAACCAGGCCUGAGGGACGACUCUAUUAAGUGAGAAUAAACCUGUUCUGUUGUUUCAUGCGAAAACACAUUGCAAUUCACAAGCUUACAGCUGGGAACACUAUGCAUUUCUGGCAAAGGAGACUUGGGCGAUAUGUCCGCUCUCCCAUGACGACCCUUCCCCGCGUGAAGAGCAGACGGCGUUUCAUGCACUGGCUGCUGGCCCUGUGCUUCUGUGGCUGUGGUCAGAGGUGGAAGUGACCCUCUCCAGCAAGGGAGUCCUCCUUUUCCCCUUUGCUUCUUCUGAUCAGUCUGGGCGGUAGAGCAAAUGCAACAGUUCACACCCAAACCCAAACAAGUAAAACCCUGGCCUCCAAAAGCAUCACGUCUGCCACCCAGUCACGGAACAUAACACAGAAUUAAUACAUUCUUUGAAGCAGAUGGUGGUGCGCAGUCCUGAAGGGCCGUGACUUCGGGUUUCCUCUCGAACAUGUCAAGUCCAUGAAGAAAGACCUCAACAGGAAGGGGUGCUGCCUUCCCAGGAGAAAAGUUACCCGACACCGAAUGUUGGAGAGACAACAACUCUGAUCUUAAACUUCCCAUUUCCUCAGACUGACAAGACGCUGUCUGUGGUAACAGAUCUGAGAGCCACCCAACAGCAAAGCCGUCUGUGUGUUUUUCUUCUCCCUAGAAAAUCCCUUUUCGUUUUCCAAGAUGCCAAGUGUGGAACAGAUAUCUGAUGACUCCGUGUGGGCAAACAGUGCUAACACACAAGCAACAGGCAUUUCAAAGGAAUCCGUUCAGAUCAUUAUAAAUUACAAGCCCAGGAAACAAACAAGUGAAUCUCCACCAAACCACUUGGCUUCACAGUAGAAUAUACUAAUAAAGAAAUAAGCUGCCAGACACAGGAACUCUCUGUCUUUGGAACAAGGAUAUGAAAAGUGUCCACCGCCCUAUAAAAGAAUUUUUAUAUGUUUAUAUAGUUUACAUAUCUAAGGCUUAUUUAUAUAAUAGUCUGCAACCUUUUAUACCCUUUUAUAAGCGUUAUUCACAUAUUAUACCCUUUUAUAAACGUUAUUCACAUAUUACCUCAUCGAGAUUCUCUUUUGGUCUUUUAAAAACACUGUACUGAAAAAAACAAGCAGAGAGGAGUUCCCGUUGUGGCGCAG